UGUCUCUCUCACUCACUCACACUCACACAGUUCGUCUGAUAUAAGCGCUGCGCUUGUUUACCGGGGUUUAUUAGGACAGCGGUGCCCGAGAUCCCUCUACCCUUACAGGAGUGUGAACCAUGAGGACCGUGUUCUUAUUUCUCUGCGGAUUUUCCUCGCUUCUUAUUUUCUCUCCAGUCCAGGGUACCAACACAUACAGAUCCACGCUGUGCCGGUGCAACGGCAAGUCGAACCUGUGCGUUUUGGACUCCGACGGCGUGCGCUGCCUCAACUGCCGGGACAACACGGACGGGCGCAACUGCGAGAGCUGCAGACCGGGCUUCUACCGCCAAACGCCCGGAGACAAGUGUCUGCCCUGUAACUGCAACUCUGCAGGUUCCGUCGGUCCGAGAUGCGACGGUCAGGGGCUCUGCGGCUGUAAGCCCGACGUCCAGGGGCCCAAGUGUGACCGCUGCGCCGGCGGAGCCUCCCUCACCGCACACGGAUGCACGAUCCCCUGCAGCGACGGACAGCUCGUCGGCAGCGAGCCGGACUGCCCGUCCUGCUUCUGCUAUGGACGCGCCACCGGCUGUUCCCCGGCCAGGGGCUACUCCGUCCACACCGUCUCCUCGUCCUUCGGCACCGGCUCCGAUGGAUGGCGCGCCGCAACCGCCGGCGGAGUUUCUCCUUCCGGAACGAAUUUCCGCUGGUCCUCCAAACAUCAGGACCUGGAGGUCUCCUCCGCAGACGGCACGCCCGUUUACCUGUAUGCCCCAGCCUCGUAUCUGGGCAACCAAGUCUUGAGCUACGGCCAGACUCUGUCCUUUUCCCUGCGGCUGGACCGCGGACAUCGCCGACCAUCCGACGCCGAUGUGGUACUCGAAGGGGCGGGUCUGCGGGUCGCGGCCUCGCUCGGGGACCAACGGACAGCCCUCCCCUGUGGCCGCAAGACCGCCUACGCCUUCAGGCUCCACGAGCGCCCGGGCGGCAAGUGGCAACCGGCGCUCUCCGCUCUCCAGUUCCAGAAGCUCUUGCAGAACCUCACGGCCAUCAAGAUCCGCGGCACCUUCGGGGAAAACGCCUACGGUUACCUGGACGACGUAGAGCUGAUGUCCGCACUCCAGGGGCCAGGAAUUCCGGCACGAUGGGUGGAGAACUGCAGCUGUCCCGUGGGCUACGAGGGACAGUUCUGCGAGCGGUGUGCUCCGGGGUACGGGAGGGAGGACCCCGCGGGGGGCCCCUUUAGCCCGUGUAAGCCCUGCAGCUGCUACGGGGGCAGCUGCGACCCACAGACAGGAGAGUGUUUAUCCGGCGACGAGGGCGCGGCCGUGCGCACCUGCUCUCCUGGCUUUUACCAAGAUCCAGAGCGGCCUCAGUCCUGCGUGAGAUGCCCCUGUCCCCAGGGGGUCGGCUGCUCGGUGAACACGCGGACCUCGGAGGUGAAGUGCGACCGCUGUCCCCUCGGAGUCACCGGCCCGCGCUGCGGCAUUUGCGAAGAUGGCUUCUACGGCGAUCCCUUGGGCGAAAGCGGCCCCCGGCAGCCGUGCCAGCAAUGCCGGUGCAGCGGACAGGUGGACCUCAACGCCGUGGGCAACUGCGACCGCCUCACGGGUCGGUGCCUCAAGUGCUUGAACAACACGACUGGCUUCUUUUGCGAGAAGUGCCAGGAGGGCUUUCACCGCAGUCACCCGAGCCACAGCUGCAAGGCUUGCAACUGCAACCUGCUGGGAUCCCUGUCAAGCAAGUGCAGCGACGCCGGUCAGUGCGUGUGCAGAGAGGGCUUCGAGGGGCUCAAGUGCGAGCGGUCUGGCUGUCCAGCCUGCUUUGACCGCGUCAAGAACAAGAUGGAAUUAUACUCUGGUAAACUGCGACAUUUGGAAACUUUGCUCGGUGGGGUAGACAGCGGCAGCUUGCCAGUGACCAACGCCCAGAUGGAGAAGGCAAUCCGGAUCUCGGAGUUCCUGGUGGCAGACAUGCAGAAGAAUGCCAACCAACUCCUUGAUGCUGAGAAAGAGCUGCUCGUCCGGCUGACCGACCUGCCCAAAAUACAGGCUAUCGAAGGCCGAAACCUGCAAGAAGUGGUUCAGACUCUGGAUGUAAUCAGGAUGCUGAAUCAGCAGUACCAGCUGCAGCUGAAUGACAUCCAGUUCCUGAUCAGCGAUAUCAGGAAUACCCUGGACAAAGCCAAAGAGCACAUUAGACGGGCUGAACUGCCACUGGGUGAUGCAAGUGAAGAUGUGGGCACUCUUUCCAUGCUGGUGGAAAAGGCCACCUCCUUGGCUGAGAAGCAUCAGGGCGAAGCGGAGAUGGUGGAGGGUGGGACCAAGAACGCCCUCGCUGAUGCAGAGAAGGCUCUGGGUCUGAUGCGCUCUGCCAUCUUGGGAGAAAACAAGAUCACUCAGCUUGUGAAUGACCUGAGAACAAGCUAUGACGGAAGCGCCUCGCUUGUCAAGACCAUGGAUAGGACGGCCGAUCGUCUGAGCACCACGGCUAGAGAUGAGAUCAGAAAGGCGGCGGACGUAACGAAACAAAUCCCUGCGAUGGAGCUCAACCUGUUAGAUACUCUGGGGCCGCAGAUGGGAAGCCUGUCGACAAAGUUGGACGCCCUGAAAGGCCAAGUGGAAGGAAACCUGACGGAUUACGCCAAUUUUAAAGCACAAAUCCAAGAUGAGCAAUCGCAGCUGCGUGAUCUUCUAGCCCAAGGAAAAGCAGCCGAGGAGAAACCUAAAGAGCUUCUGGCGAGAGCAAAGGCAGCCAAGGCUGAUGCAGAUGCAUCUCUGAGAGACAUCACAAAAAAUCUCGACGGGGUGAAUGAUGUCUAUAACCGGCUCAAAGGGUUCAAUAAAGAGAUCGGCACCAACAAAGCUGAAGCAGAUAGGAGCAUAAAGAAACUCCCGGCCAUCAGCAGGACCGUUGACAACGCUGUCAGCAGCAACUCCCGGACUCUGUCAAUCCUGGACGAUGUAGAUAAAGACUACAAGAAGGCACUGGGCACUGUCAGCAACCUGGAAGCCAUUGUGUCGCAAAUGGAGGACAUCUCCUCCACAGCGGCAGAGACUUACGACAUCCUGAAGGACAUCGACGCGUUCAAGGGCGACGCGAAAGAGCUGAGCGGCGAGACGGAGAUUACGAUGGAGGAGCUGAGCUCGGCGGUGGAGGACACCAAGCGCCAGGAACAGGAGGCCAGAGAGGCGUCUGCACAAGGAGCAGGAUCCUACCAGUUUGCCAAGAAUGUGAAGGAUUCCGUUACAGACACAAUGACAACCAUUAAAAAUCUGCUGGACUCAUUUGACGCGCCGGGCACCAUGGACGGGAAGAGGCUCGAGCAGCUGGAGACGUCCAUCGCCAACACCCGCGACGUGGUGAACCGGAAGCUGAUACCCCGCAUGAACUCCCUGGAUGAGAUGGAGGCGAGGCAGAAGGCCAGGUCCGCUAUUCUCCAAGCGGAAAUCGACAACAUCUUGAGCGACAUCAGCAACCUGGCGGAGAUCCGGAAAACUAUUCCCGACGGCUGUUAUAACUCGCCCCCCAUCGAGAGACCCUGAAGGCUCUUGGCCCGUGACCCCGCUUGUGACCCCGCUUGUACCGAGGACACAAAUAUGACGCUCAAAGGAGAUGACAUUUUAUAUUUAAAGAAAAUGUGAGUUUUUAGGUCAGGCAAAAAAAACCGAAGACCUU